AUGGCCAAUGCGCACCGCGGCGGGCCUGACAGCCAUUCCAAUGCUCAGGACAUCUGGCUACCUCACCUAGCAGCUACCCCGAUGGUCAAUUUCCCCGAAAUAUCGGUUGAUGAUUGGAACGCUGCAGAUACUGCUCAGCGCCUAAUAGAGCUUGAUGAUGAAGCCAGAGCACAUACAACCCCAGAAGAGUAUUCGGAGUCAAAUUCUAGACUUGUUAAUGUCUGGGCUCAACACGAAGAAAGGACCCUCGCGCGGUACCGCGCUUUGCACAAUCGAAACGAUUCAGAUGUCAGUCGAGAAAGCACAAACAUGCGGACUCGCCCCUUGGACAGCCAGUAUGGUUCGGAUGGAAAUCAGUACAACCCGUAUGCGCCGCAUACCUCCGAGGAAUAUAUGUUGCAAGAGAUAGAAGCUGGGCGGAUGGAUCCAGAGAUGAUGGAUAUACCUCGAGAUCCAUUGAUUCCUGCACAGUCGCCGUUGUCUGAAAACGGCCCUGGUCCACCAUUAGCUCAUGUUCAUGCCGGCAGCCAUGCAUCGUGGAUGGCGCCGGGUCCUCGCCCCCGUGUCAGGCAAGGUCUGAAUCGUCCAGGAGUAAAUGCCGAUCUACCAGCUGCACAUGAAGCGUCAUGGUUCCAGCAUCCUUACGAUGGCAGUACGGCCGCCGAGGAUCUAGGCGAAGAAGAAUACCAUGAUGACUAUCCUGCUAUGCUCCCAUACCUCGAUGUCGGAGAAUCCCCAGCCGGCUCACAUAGCUCAUAUGGUACCGCUCCUGACCCUGUCUUCCCUAACCUGGAAAGCCCUUUUGGCAUUCAGGGCCCCCCUACCUCAUCGCUGGAUCCGCCAAGUCUAAACGGGGUUUUUGCAUUGGGAGUCCCACGACAGACACGUCCAGCAUCAACUGGAAGAGAGAGGAAGCGACUGGCGAAGCCUUCACUAAUGGUGAAGCUCGAGACAGAUCCUGCGCAGAAAAAGUCGCAAGCCCCUGUAUCAAUCAGAAGAGGCAGAUCUGAUGCGUCUUCGUCAAGCGAAUCAUCCUCCGUCGUUGCCCAGACCACUCAGAAUUCGCGUCCCUUCAACCUAAGGUCUCGAGGAUCUAUGGGUAUGAGCUCAACAAAUGCUAGGACUCGUGCUGGUUGGGAACCCCAAGCCGUACGGAGACUGACACGAAGAGCGGAAGCAAUUCAGAGCCCACAUCGAAAGAGGAGGCGUGACGCCGUAUCACCUCAAGAUGUCAGUACAGAAGAAACUACACUGACUGCGGGCCUACCACAAGGCAAGCAAUAA